AUGGACCACGACUUUGCACCUCCUCCUCCAGAGAUGCAGCCGCACAGGGCUCCAGGCCCCAGAUCUUUCUCCCGCGGCCACAUGCUGGGGCGCCACACCCACCAAAAGCUCACCAGAGAUGUGUCCCCCCUCAUCCCUGUCAUCAAGAAGACUGUCCACUUGAACGCCUUCCCCCAAGGCAAUGUCCUACAGACUUUCAGUCAGCCAAGCCUUAGAUCCAAGGCCUGGAGUAUGUCCCAACAGGGCAGCAUAGGGCCCCUGGGCUCUCUGCCUCCCAAUAGCUUUAUGCCCAGGAAACUCAGCUCUAUUUCCUUAACGAUUCGCCAGAACGUCCAAGCGCAGCCCCUGGAUGCCCCACUUUCUCAUUGGGAAGAGUUGUCCAAUUUGGGCAAGGAGGUACUCACCCAUGGAGAAGGCAGGCCGUCCACUUCAAGAUCACCAUCCAUGGCCCCAGUGCCAAGGGACAGGACCUCCUCUGAAGGCCAUGGGAACCCAGAUCUUACCAAAGCCAACAGGACACCCUCAGGGGAUAAGCCUCUGGUGUCUUCACAUCUGACUUUGCCAUUCCAAUCUCAGCACACUCAGAGUUCGGGCCCUGUGGCUCAAGUCCAAACCAGAACCUCUCCAGGAAGAGGCAAGUCCAAGCCCAGGGGUAUUCCCAGAUCCCGAGCGUACCUCCAAAGGGCUACUCCUUCUCCUUCUACAAAUUUGUCUGCUGUAGGCACAAAAUUAGAUAUAGCCAGAAAUUUAGGCACAAUGGUCAUCAACAGACCUGAGCUGGCUAUCAAUAUGUCCACACCAAACCCAUCCAGAAUGGUCAGAGACACUGAACUUCCUAAGAUGGGCAUGACCGUUGACUUACCUAUAGCGUCCAAGGCAGGAAAAGUCACAGAUUCGGUGAUAACAGGCCCACCCAAACUAGGCACAGCCAUGAAUUUAGCUGGAGCAGGGACAACCAAGCCAGGCCAGGUUCUGAAUUUGGUAACUGCAGACUCAGACAAGCUGGAAAAUGUCAUGGUUAUGACCACGGAGGACUCAGCCAUGGCUUUGGAAAUACCAGAUCAAACUGAUCUGGGCAUAACCAGGUUGGACACAGCCAUGGCUUUGGCUGGAGUCAAUAUAGCCAAGCUGGACACAACUGCAGAUUCUUCUGUGUUGGACACAAGCAGACUGGAAACAGCCAUGGAUUCAGUUGUGCUGGUCUGCCCAGUCACUGGUGAAACCAAGCUAGACAUUGUCAAUCACCUGACCAUCGCGGACGCUGCAACCUAUUCUCUAAUGCCAAGCAGAAGCACAGACUCAGGCCAGGACUAUGCCGCUGUGGAUGCUGCCACAGACAGUGCCACCGAGCCUACCUUGCUGGAACUGGCCAGAGAACCCAAAGGGCUCCCAGAGGCCAGGACGGACACAGCUAUGUCAGAGCUGGUACCUGAGCCCAGGCCUAAGCCGGCGGUGCCCAUGAAGCCAGUCAGCAUCAACUCCAACCUGCUAGGCUACAUCGGCAUCGACACCAUCAUCGAACAGAUGCGCAAGAAAACCAUGAAGACUGGUUUUGACUUCAACAUCAUGGUCGUUGGCCAGAGUGGACUGGGCAAGUCAACGCUGGUCAACACACUCUUCAAGUCCCAAGUGAGCCGAAAGGCCUCCAGCUGGAACCGGGAGGAGAAGAUCCCUAAGACAGUAGAGAUCAAAGCGAUUGGGCAUGUGAUAGAGGAAGGUGGUGUCAAAAUGAAGCUGACAGUCAUUGACACGCCAGGCUUCGGGGACCAGAUCAACAAUGAAAACUGCUGGGAGCCCAUUGAGAAAUACAUCAAUGAGCAGUAUGAGAAGUUCCUGAAGGAAGAGGUGAACAUCGCCAGGAAGAAACGCAUCCCUGACACCCGUGUCCACUGCUGCCUUUACUUCAUCUCCCCCACAGGACACUCCUUACGACCGCUAGAUCUUGAGUUCAUGAAACACCUCAGCAAAGUGGUGAACAUCAUCCCUGUCAUUGCCAAGGCUGACACCAUGACCCUGGAGGAGAAGUCCGAAUUCAAGCAGAGGGUUCGCAAAGAGCUUGAAGUAAAUGGCAUUGAGUUCUACCCUCAGAAAGAGUUUGAUGAGGACUUGGAGGACAAGACAGAGAAUGACAAAAUCAGGCAGGAGAGCAUGCCCUUCGCUGUGGUGGGGAGUGACAAGGAGUACCAAGUGAAUGGCAAGAGGGUCCUCGGCAGAAAAACCCCGUGGGGGAUCAUUGAAGUGGAAAACCUCAACCACUGUGAGUUUGCCCUGCUUCGAGACUUCGUCAUCAGGACUCAUCUCCAGGACCUCAAAGAAGUCACCCACAACAUCCAUUAUGAGACUUACAGGGCCAAGAGGCUCAAUGACAAUGGAGGCCUCCCUCCGAACAAAAAGCUGUGCGCCUCACUCAAGAGGUCUGGGGAAGGUUUUAUUUUAAAAUGCUGGGAGCAGGGAGAAGGCCUCCUGGUCACUGCCCUUCCACCUGUGCCAGCUACCCCCUGUCCCACUGCUGAAUGAAGGCCAUUUCAAGCGCUGCUUCUCCCUCAUUCCUUCCAGCUGCUCUUGCUGCAGGGCCAAGCCCUCUUUAAUGCUGUGCUUGUCCAGCCACCACCACAACCCCUCUCAGCCCUCAGCAGGUGGGAGGGGCCGGCUGCCUAUUUAGGACCAGUAGCUUCCUCCAUUUAGCCAAAUGACUCCUCUCCUCCUACUGGAACGGAGUUCCUGCCAGCCACCAUUGCCCUGCUCCAUCGUCUGUCAGCAGCCCCAGCCCAUGUGUAGAGAGAAGGAACUCACCGAGAGCUUCUCCUGCCCUUGCAAGCCCAUUCCAGCGACUUGUAACCAUCUCCAAGGGAACCGGCAUUGCUCCCUAGCCAUUCAUCUGCAUGAGUACUCUUCUUGGCUCCCUUAAACGGUCAAGAAAGCGAUUUUUUCUGCUUGUCAGUCAUUGAGGUCAGCUGUGUGAGCCCCCAUGUGGGACAAGGGUGUCUCCUUCAUUGCUUAAAGGUAUAAGGGUGAUUCAUUACAGAGAUUGGGGAGCAAGAGGGCUAGCGUCACUUAAAUCACCACUGGUGUCUGGCCCAGUGUGUGUAUAUGUGUGUGUGCGUGCGUGUGUGUGUGUAAACAACCUCUUUUACCCCCUCUCCCUCCAAAUGUGGCCAUUUGGGAAGUGGUUUUCCUGAAAAGAAGUUGCUGGGUUUGACUUCCUGUUCCCCAAACAACAACAAGGGGGAAAAAAGUGAAUUAAACACACACAUGAACCACCCCAAACCCACAAGCUAUACAUUCUAGGCGGGAAAAUAGCACCCUUUUGUACAUUUAGCAAUAAGAGGGAUCUCUUCCCACCUACCCUGAGCAUUCCAGCGCCCGGCCAGUCUCCCACCCUGUUAAUGUGAGCAGUGUAUUAGCCUGACCACAGGUGGUCACUAUGGGCUAAUGGAAAAUUCUCGACGGAGGGCAAAGCCCCCAACAGAUGCAUGAAUGUUUGUGAAUGUCGGCUGCCAUUGCCCCAUACACUGUGUCUUUAUAGAAACCCUCCCUUGGCCACCUCCCCUGCCAUCUCCACCUAGAUACAACUUGCUCAAAGGCUGGUGACUUGUGGGCCAUUCAUCUACAAGUCCUGAUGGAACAAGAGGCCCAAGCCUAGGGGAUGCAGGAACGACCCAUUUUUAAAAUGUUAUUAGUCCCAACCAAUGUUUUGGUGAUAUUCCAGUUGAAUUUCCCAAUUGAAAACAAGCCAACAGACAUUCAGACUGGUCAUGUAAAUGUUGCUAGCCUCUGUUGUACAACUAAACAUUGCUGU